UGUGUGAGAGAGAGAGAGAGAGAGAGAGAGAGAGAGGGCUGGACAGGUUGGGAAGGACAGGGCAGGAAGAUCAGCACCUCCAUGUGCAGGACAGUGUGAACAGUGACUCCACAGUGGAAGGACAGGUAUCAGUGAACAGUAAAGCCAGUGACGGAAAACCGGACAGCUAAGAAGAGCAAUUUGUUAGAGGCGGCAGGUCCAGCAAGUGGACAAGCAGCACUGAGAUCUUCCUGACGCUUCUCCCACUCCGUGCUCCAAAGGUCUUGAACCAAAGGAAUGUCUCAAGCUUCAGUAGUACUGCUGGCACACGGUAACUGAACCAGAAUCAUCCCCAGUGUGCCCUUAAAGCAGAGUUGACAUAUCUAAAGCUUCCCAAGUGCCUCCAUGCCGGCAACACCGCCCCCGCUUCCCAUCAUGAGUACUGCUAAGGAACGCAAACCCAAGAAGCCCCACUAUAUCCCCCGCCCCCCAGGCAAGCCAUUCAAGUACCACUGCUUUCAGUGUCCCUUCACCUGCAACGAGAAGUCCCACCUCUUCAACCACAUGAAGUAUGACCUAUGCAAGAACUCCAUUUCCCUGGUGACCAAACAGGCUAAGACCCCAGCUGACCCCUCCCCGGUCUCCACUUCCAUCGAACCUGCGGAUCCAGCCACACCAGCAGUUCCAUCGCUGACGGCACCAGUAGCUGUCAUGUCCCCUUUGGGGCGGACCCAGAGCCCUCCGAUGGACACCUUGCCAGAAAAGCGGGGUACUGCAGAGGAGCGAGAGACAAACCCUAAGGGGUGCGAUGCUCCGAAUGCCUCAGAAAUAUUGUUGGGUUCACCAGACAAAGACGCUGAGAAACAGCGGACAGAGACCACGGCACGACCCUCAGCCUUCUCACCUGUCCAUCGCGACAGCGAUAAGGACACACCAGCAACUGUACACAAGCCAGAGGCCUUCACCCCACCUGCCCCCCCAUUCUACCACCCCCCCUCCCCAUGGAGUCGUCCAGCCGCUUUCAUCCCGCUCCCACCCUUUGAACACAAACAGGGCAGCGUCGCAGGAUCCAGUUACCCUGCUCCCAUUCUUUCGGAGUGCCCAGCUUAUGUGUUCCCCGACACCCCGCUGCUCCCAGUUUAUUCACCAUACCUGCUUUCAGGUGGUCUGCAUGAGCAGGACCGUGAACCCCCCAUACGACCCUACGUCCUAGACCCCCAGAGGCCCCUGUUGACUCGUUCGCUGUUCCCAGCCCCUGCUCUCCUCCCCAUGCCAGAACACCACUACCGGUAUAUUCAGUCUCUCCAUCAGACAGCCCCACUUCACUAUGGGAUGUACCGGGCUCCCGAGCAACACCACCCCUCGAUAACAGGGCCAGAGCACUUGCGCACAGAAAUGUAUGUCAGGCCAAUGGCAACUGGGGAGUAUGGCAUUUUCCCACAUCGCCACCUCCAGGUUGAUGGGAGGAGCACAAGGCUGGCUGGCCAUGACCAGGGUGAGGGAAAAGUGUUGAGAAUGAGCCCCAAGGCUGGCUGUGCUGCCUCUGGAUCCCCAGAUAGGCCAACCACCACCGAUUUCUCCCAGAAGGACUCCGGCAAUGGCCAUUCUCACCCAGUGGGCAGAAAUAUGGCUUCACUCCACCAGUCGGAUGAAGGUGUCCAUACCACACAGGCAGUGAAGAGUGAGUCAGCCAGCCCAGCAAGAUUCUCACCUGAGUCACAGCAGGAGGGCUUGACGCCUAUGGAUGAAAGGUUAGUAGAGUAUAAAACAGAGACUCAAGUCUUUGUAACUAAAGAGAAGUCAGGAGAUGAGCAAGAAGAGAAGGAAACAGAGGAAAAUGAGGAGAUAGAGAACAUUGUUCCUCUGAACCUCUCCAAGAAGCAGGCAGUAGACAUUUGCAGCAGCAGCAGCGGCGGCAGUAGCAGUCCAAUGCCACUGGAGGCACAGCAGGACAUGCCCCUGAAUCUGUCCCUCAGGGUCACCAUGGGGCCUCUGUCCUGUGGAUCAGGAGGGAAGGUGCCACCGGUGAGGCAGCGAUCCCCCCGUGACGACACCUUGCCGAGCCCGGAUGCGUGUGAGGAGCAGAAGCAAUCAGCAGCCUUCGCCCUCUGCCAGCUGGCUGGCUCCAUCCACUGCGACGUGAAUCCAGAGCGCUCGCCACGUUCCCUCAGCUGGGAUGCCGGAGACUCCCAUGCCAUGCCAGAGGCCAAGCCCGAGGCUGCAGAGACACCAGCCACUUCCAGCAAGGCUCAGAAGAGGUCCGGCUGCAAGGUGCCCAACAAAGCGAGUCAGCAGCCGGCAAAGAGGGUGAAGCCUGCCAGCUGCAGCGGCAGCAACAGCCGGGCCCUGAGGAGGAGGCCACGGUGCUCCUGAAGCAGCACCAGCACAACCAUCAAAGGGCAGAGCUGAGAGUCUGUCAGUAAGCUGUGCUGGGUACAUAACCCUCCAGCAGAGACUGGGCCGCUCUUAGACCAGGGUGGUGUCGAAACGGACCUCUUCCACUUUGCCGUUAACAGCUAAGUGACGGCCUUAUACUUCUUACAGGACUUUUAAAGCAUUACGAGGCCAAUGAGAGAGACACCACAGCAUGGAAUGGCAACAAUGAGA